AUGGAGGCAUCUCUUUCCCUGUUCCGGCCCGCGGCCACCUGCUGCCGCCGCGUCGCGCUCUCCUCCACCACCACCCCGGCCGUCGCCGCCGGCAUUUCCGUCCGCUACCAAUCGACCGCGAACCGGACAAAACGCAUGCUCAACAUCCCCCCGCACGAGUCCUUCCUCGACGUGCCCGUCGACGGCGACCGCAUCAUCUUCAACCCUCCGUCGUCCGAGGCCUCGGUGUACCACACGCCCUUCAAGUUCCUUCCGCGCUCCGACCCUCGCCGCCGCGCCAACAUUUACAAGCUCUUCCAGACUCCUCCUCAAGCUGCCCCUACUACUACGCCAGAGGCCGGCGCCGCCGACGCCGCUGCCGAGGGACAGCUACCGCCCGUCCUCUACAACCCCACAAAGUCGUACAACGUCACGGCUGAGCAGGUCGAGGAGAUCCGCCAGCUGCGCGCCAAGGACCCCAAGAAGUACAGCGUCACCUACCUCAGCAACAAGUACAACUGCACAAAGGUGUUCAUCAUGAUGUGCACCCAAGCGCCCCGUGAGCACCAGGAGGCGCACAAGCUCGCGCGUGCCAGGAUCGCCGAGAGCUGGGGCCCCCGCAGGGCGGCUGCCAAGCUGGAUGUCAGGAGGAGAAAGGAGAUGUUGCAUCGUGGCGAGAUAUAA